AUGACAGACAUGUCAGAAUCCAAGAUAUCCCAGAAUGCCAGGGCAUUCCGUGCUCAAUGGUCUCGGGGAAUCGCCGUGGUGACUGCCGAGGUCUCCUGUACACCAGACAGAGUCAGCAUCCUGAAUAAAACCUGCUCUUCACGGGGGAGGUUGGCGUCCUGUUUCACGGCUAAGGUGUGCUUCACUGCACAGUUCAGGCCCACUGCGCUCGUGGGACCCGUGGCCAUCACGUACACGGUGACCCUGGAUGCGGACCUGCAGUCCUCCAGAGUCAGCUCCAGGGGCCAGUUCAGUAACUCAGAGCGCACCCUUCAGAAAGACCUCAGCGUCAGCGCACAGCCACAGUGUGAGGAUCACAGCGUUUACGUGCAGGAUUCUUCUGAUGUGAUGAGGUUCUUUGCUCUGCGAGUGGACAUUGCCCUCCGAGAACCAGAUUCAAACCCAGCUUUAGAUGCUUUCAGCACAACUGCAUGGGACGUCUUUAUCCCAUUUUCAAAGGAUUGUGGCACAGAUGAUGUGUGUGUGAGCGACUUGCAGCUGAGUGUGAAGAGGACUGCAGACCAGUCAAGUUCCUCUCCCAUGUUGGUGAGUCAGAAGAACAGGAGACUGUCUUUCACCGUGUCAGUGACCAACAAGAUGGAGAACGCCUACAACGCCAGAGUCACUGCCUCCUACUCCAAGAACCUCUUCUACUCCUCCGUCACACAGCCCAAUAAUGCCACUGAGGUGAAAUGUACUUCUACGGGGAGAUCUCAAAGCCUGUCCUGCCAAGUGGGCUCCCCUGCCCUUAGGAAACACCAGACGGUGUGACUCCCAUUAGAUGCUUGUGUGUGCCUGU